AUGAGACAUUCGUGCAACUCACCAUGUCUUCUGGUUGCAAAUGAACACCGCAUAUUAGCUUUGGAUUACGACAACAAGUCGACAUUUCCAGUCGUUUCCAAUUUAUCAUUCGCUGUAGAUGUAGACUUUCAUUACAAUAAGGGCUACAUAUUUUGGAGCAACAUUGCAAGUAUCCAGCGCUCGAACAUGGACGGCACAAACAUCACAGUUAUCCACAAUGACACAUACUGUUAUGGGUUGGCAGUGGAGUGGGACUCAUUGCAGCUGUAUUGGACUGAUUAUUACAACAAUAGUAUAAUGGUAUCAGACCUCGAUGGAAAUAACAAACGCAUUGUUUUCUCUUCGCUCUCUAGACCAAUCGAUAUCGUUCUUGAUCCACACCAAGGG